UGCUUCAGUAUGUCUGGACGCGGAAAACAGGGAGGUAAGGCUCGUGCCAAGGCCAAGACCCGCUCUUCUCGGGCCGGGCUGCAGUUCCCCGUGGGCCGAGUGCACCGCCUGCUCCGCAAGGGUAACUACUCCGAACGGGUGGGGGCCGGUGCUCCCGUUUACCUGGCGGCGGUGCUGGAGUACCUGACGGCCGAGAUCCUGGAGCUGGCGGGCAACGCGGCCCGCGACAACAAGAAGACGCGCAUCAUCCCGCGCCACCUGCAGCUGGCCAUCCGCAACGACGAGGAGCUCAACAAGCUACUGGGCAAAGUAACCAUCGCGCAGGGCGGUGUGCUGCCCAACAUCCAGGCGGUGCUUCUGCCCAAGAAGACCGAGAGUCACCAUAAGGCCAAGGGGAAGUGAAUCAACUGAUAAUACCAAUUUGUGCAGUUACCACCACUUAUUUCACCCAAAGGCUCUUUUCAGAGCCAUCCAUGUUUUCAUAUAAAGGCUUGUAACUGCGUGGUUUUGAGCGAUGCUCUUAUGUUUUGUUGUAGUUACUAUCCAUAACCAUGACACCUCAUUAACGGCAAGUUAAUAGGUAUCGUGGUUAUUUGUGGCACUAUGGUGCUUCAGUGUGGUUUAGGGAAACGGAAGUUUUACGA